AUGCAUACUGAAAACGCUCUCGUUCGUGAACAACGAAAACGCAUACUCUCACAGCUGCGCUCGGAACGCGCAUUAUUAUCGCUUUACCCGCAGGUGGAUACGGUGGUCCGACGCUUCCUGCUGCGGACGUUGCAAAAACCAGAGGAGUUAAUGGAUCAUAUCAAAACAGGAAUCGGAGGAGUUAUACUAAAGAUCGCAUACGGUUAUACCGCCGGGUUUCAUGGUCGGGAUCCCCUCAUCGAUCUCGUGGAAAACACAUCUUUUGCAUUUGGCAUAAUAAACCAGCCAACAGGUUGGCUGGUGGAUAGCAUUCCCGCCCUGAAGUACAUGCCGAGUUGGUUUCCGGGGGCAGGGUUUAAGAAACAAGCCAGGGAGUAUCGACGCGGAUUUCACACAUUAGCUAAUUGGCCGUUCGCCUUUGCUCAACAUCAGAUGAAGGAGGACAAGUAUGAACCUUCAUUCGUUUCCAGACAGAUUGAGCAGACAGGCUCGAUACUUAGUCCCGAAGAGGAGCUGAAGAUCAAACACUCGGCAGCUGCGGUCUUCCAAGCUGGCUAUGAUACGACGGCAUCUACCAUCACAUCCUUCUUUCUGGCAAUGGCGCUGUUUCCUGACGCACAGCAAAAGGCCCAGGAGGAAAUCGACCGAGUCAUAGGAGCGAGGCUCCCUACGCCUACAGACCGAGUGAAACUACCCUAUGUUAAUGCGCUUAUCAACGAGGUCAUACGCUGGAACCCGGUGGUUCAGAUAGGCAUCAUGCACGCAGCCACAGAAGAUGACAUUUACGAGGGCUACCUGAUCCCCAAAGGGGCCCCAAUCGUCCCCAACAUUUGGGCAUUUGCGCACGAUCCAGAGGUAUACUCUGAUCCCAUGUCGUUCCGGCCCGAGCGCUUUUUGGCAUCGGACGGACACGUACCAGAACGUGAUCCGCACACGCUGGUCUUCGGAUUUGGACGCCGGAUUUGCCCCGGCCGUCCGCUGGCGGACUUCAAUAACUUUCUCACGAUCGCACGGUCACUCGCGGUCUUUCGUAUUCGAAAGGCCAUGAAAGAUGGCAAGGAGAUCGACCCCAUCGUAGAUUAUCAGGAGGGGAUCGUCGGUCACCUAUCACCGUUCCAAGUGAGCAUCCAGCCGCGAAGCGCAGAACACGAAGCCCUCAUCCGUUCCAUUGAGGUUGAAAAUCCCAGUUCACGAAGCGACUCGGCGACACUUGAGUCACUCAGGGUAUAG